AUGACAACGUGGAAGCAGCCUGAUGUUAUGGACGACCGUGAUUACACUCACAUAUAUUUAAAUGAUAAUCGCCUGAAGAAUAUCACCUCCAUUCAACCUUCCGACAAGCUGAGAUCCAUCCAAGCAAGCGAAAAUCAAAUUGAAGAGAGCUUUUCACUGUCUGAUCUUUUACCCUUUCCGAAUUUAGAAUAUCUAACCUUAAGUAACAACGCGGUAAGUGGGCUGAAACCCUUAGGUAUUCCACACACGAAACUGGCAGCGAUCGAUUUUUCGAAGAACUCGAUAAAACUGCUCAAGAAUGGAACCUUUGAGGGACUUGUUGGGCUCAGAUGGAUGAAUUUGGCGCAUAACAGUAUUGAAAGCUUUGAUAAAGUUUUCCUCGAUACACCGCGAGUAACCUUCUUAAAUAUGUCUCACAACGCGCUAGAAUCACUGGAGCCUGGUGUUUUCGAUGGUUUGGGAAGCUUGACGACUUUGGAUCUGGAAUCAAACUCGUUGAAAAAACUCCAAGCUCGCUCGUUUUCAACCCUAACGUUGUUGAAAAGCCUCAAUCUUCGGAACAAUCGCAUCGCUCACAUCGACAGCAACGCGUUUGACGGAUUGAAAAUGCUGGAACUUGUUGACUUGCGCGGCAACUGGCUCUCGCACAUCGAUCCAAAGGUGUUUCUCCCGCUGCCGAUCGGGAUGAAGAAUCAAAUUCGACUGGAAGAGAACCCGUUCGAGUGCUCCUGUGAGUUGAGACACAUGGUCUCUUAUGCGACUAGAUACCCGUUACGCUUCACAAGUGCUCACAAGCUGUCCUGCACAGUUUCGCAAGAUGGAGAACACAUCGAAAAAGUACUGUUCCGACUGCAAUCGUCGGAAAUAUGCGACUGGCUCGGUGAAUUACGAAACAUGAUCAUUGCUCCUCUUGCUGUUUUGUUGACGAUUUUCGUCGGGAUCAUCGUGUUUUUCUGCCGCAGAAGCUCGAAAUAUGCUCAGUCACAAGUUACAGAAGUGACGAGGGCCUACGAUGUGGAUUCUAUUGGAACAUUUUCUGAUCUGAAAGGCGACUUUUCUGACAAUACCCAUUCAACGCAAGUGCCGCAGAUUCCCUCUUUUCAUCGGCCGAUUCAGCUUCCAGCAUCGCUGAUGCCUCAACCAGAACCGAUUCAAAAGCCAAGUUUGUGCACUCCCAUUGAUAUUGCACCAACCAAGGCGGUCAUUUCCAGACCAAAAUUAAGACCCCAACCGAGCGCAAAGUCGCGAUCCCGAGUCGCCGAGCGCACCAAACGCCACAACAGUCGCCGAGCACGAAGAUACUCGUCCAGUUCCGACAGCUCCUUCGACUCUGACAGAAGCUCACAGUUCUCAGACAGCUCGUACGAUUACCGUUAA